GAAGGUUAAAAACAGCUGUACUUCAUAUUAUUCAUUGAAGCUUGGUACUUUUGUUCGUCGAGGUUGCUUUGCAGUUUUCCUAUUAAGCCUAUCCACCGAAAUGUUAUCGAUUUUGCUAAAACGAGUUAGAGGUGCAACGCAAAUAUAUUUUCCUCUAUUACCUCUGAAAAUCGCCAUUUUUUUAUUUUUUGGAGCCAAUAGCAUGCACGCGCCAUUUUUAGUUUUGCAAGGAUUGAAAAUUGGAAUCAGUCAGAAUGAAAUGACAACGAUUUUUGCAAUAAUUCCACUCGUUUCAUUUGCAGGCCCCCCUAUUGCAGGGUAUCUUUCCGAUAAAUUGAAACAGAGGAAAGUUAUCAUGAUAUCUGGCAUCUGUUUCUGUGCAAUUUUGAAUACUUCUUUGCUUUUCAUUGACGCUCAUCAUAUUAACACAGAAAAUGUUCCCACUGAUUCUCUAAUCACAACAUUGCAUUGCAAUCAAGGAGAUGAGAAAGUAGACAAAUCUUUUGUUUCAAACAAGACACUUCCAUUCCAGCUUUUGGUUGGCUACACUAUGAACAUUCGCAUACCAAUAAUUAUUUGCAACGAAUGCCAAAAUGUAACAAGCAAUAUCUUUAAAACUGAUGCUGACCAGUUAAUAUUACAAGUUCGUGAAAAGAAUUGGAUUUCGAUCACGCAACUAGACAAUAGUAUGUCGUUAUGUAAGUAUUGUACGAAAGACUGUUUAGAAAGCGUUUUGCAACAAAGUUUACAACAACACACAAAUCAACAUGGGAACCGUCAACAUGAAAAAAAUAAUGAUUUGCAUCGUCCAGGACUAUGGAUAUUCGUUGCCGUCCUGUUGGGAGCAAAAAUAUGUAAUACGGCGACGUUCACAUUGAUGGAUUCGUGUUGUAUACGACUGACCGAACUUUAUCACGGGCCUGUAGGUGGACAGAAGAUAUAUGGUGUAAUUAGUGCGAUCAUCUGUUCCCUUGUGGGUGGUGCUCUUGUAACUUGGAUGACGCAACUGAGAAAUUCAAGUCAGCGUCAAUACGACUUGGCAUUCUAUGGAUCAGACUUUCUUCUUCUGUGUUUGGCAUUUACAGUUUUUCAGAUGGAUGUCGUUGGAAGUGACACGUCAAAAAUCGAUUUACAAAAAUUAAAUAAAAAAUUCGUGUUUCAAUCUUUCCUUACACCUAACGUAAUCGCUUUCCUGGCGGUUUCAGUAUUUAAUGGCUUGUGUCACUUUUACAUCGACACAUACUUCGCAGUUUUCAUGAUGGAAUUAGGCGCCAGUGAUUUUCUUCUGAGUCUAUGCUCUGCAGUUUCAAAUAUAUCUGGAAUUCCAUUACUUUUGAUGGGAGACAAAACAAUUGAUCGGUUAGGCUACGCUCGAGUGAUUUCACUCGUACUACUCGCUUUUAGUCUAAGAAUGACUGGUUAUUCGUUUAUAAGAAACCCCUGGUUAUGUUUGCCACUUGAAGUGCUAAAAGCGUUGACAAGCCAAUUUUUUAUCCUUGCAUCUUGCCGAUUUUGUUCUGAGACAGCUCCUGUUGGUUUAUUGGCUACUCUCAAUGGAGUCCUACAUGCUUGCAACUUCUCCAUAGGAGGAGGAUUUGGUAACUUUUGGGGCGGAUUCUUGGCCUCGCGAAUGGGAAGAGCAUCUGGGUUUCAAUUGAUGGCCCUAAUCUCAGCAUUAGCUAGUGUACUAUAUUACGCAUUUUAUUAUUGUUUUCUGAAAAAGGUAACAAAGACCCUUGAAAAUGAAACUAACAUAACGUUCGUAAUCUCAAGUAGCCCUAUUCCAAUUAACGCAAUUGGUAAUUUUGGUGAAACUAGCAGAAAAUCUCUUAUUAAAGGACAAAAAUUUGUAUUACGUUCGUAAAUUAUUUCGCAUUUCACCAUAUUAAUGUAAAACAAAAAUUUAUAUUGAUAGUUAUUAAAGAGUGAUGUUUAAACGCAUACAUACGUAUUCGUAUAACAACUUAAUACAAUCCUUGUUUUUUUUUUUUAGUUUGUGAGGUGGCGUUAUAAAAAAUAAAUCUAAUGUGAUUCUA